AUGGAAAAGCAAAAGGAUUGUAUCGAUUUGGAGAAAAUAGAGAGCUACAAUUUAUUAAACAAUUUAUACCUUGAAAAGUUAAAUAAAGUAUUAGAAAAGGUUGAUGAUUUGUUAGAAACAUUUCAAGAUAACAGACUAGCACUAAUACAAGAAUCAGAGGAUAUUAGCCAACAUUUACAAACUUUAAAUUCGAGUCAAUCAAAUACCGAUGAUAAAAAUAAAAUUAAACAGUUUAUGGGCUUCAAAUCUUGUUACAUUACAGAUAAAAAUCAUAAAAUACCUCCGAAAAAUGUUGACGUGACUUUACGGGAAUCUUUGAAUGUCGUCUCAGCAAACAAUGUCCAACGUUCAAGAUGGUGCAAUGAAGAUUUCAAUACUAUGAUCAAACUAAUCGAAACGGCCGUAGUGAAAAACAAGUGUGAACCUUUGAUUAAAAAAAAAGAAAAAUUAUUGGACACGUUUGAUAUGGAUGAUAAGAAAAACGCUGUCACCAAAGAAGAAAUAACAGCGAUCAGCAAAUCGCUCAAAGAAAUUGACGAAGCUAUCAAAUCCCUGAGCGAAUCCCCAGUGAGUCUGCAAAGUUUGGAAGACUUGGACGGCAAUAACAAUAUCGAUUGGCUUAUGAUAUCUACUAUCAUUGGCAAUAAAAGUUCUAAACAGUGUAAACGUUUAUGGGACUUGUAUCUUAAACCGUCCAUCAACAAAAAGGAAUGGGACGACAAAGAGAAUGAAACUUUAGAAGAGUUAGUCAGAAAAUACGGGAUGCAUGAUUGGCAAACUAUUUCUCAGGAAUUGGGAACUAAGCGAAAGCCCUAUCAAUGCCUGGCUCAGUACCAAAAACACUUGAAAGAUGAGAGCAAUGGUUGGACUCUAGCAGAAGACCAAAAGUUGAAAGAACUGGUUUCCGAAUACAAGGUUGGUCAGCGUAUUUUAUGGAAUCACGUGUUCAAAUAUUUUCCUCACAAAAACUAUGUGCAAAUGGUCAAACAUUACAAGAGAUCUGUGGAUCCCGAAAUUAAAUCCGGGAAAUGGGACGAGAGAGAAGACAAAUUAUUACUAGAUGCCGUCGAUAAAUGUGGCAUGGUGUGGAGUAAAGUAUCGCAGCUCUUGCCCAGCAGAAAUGAGGCUCAAUGUAUGAAUAGGUAUCAAAAUAUUCUUAAUCCCACAUUAAAAUUCGGGAGUUGGAAUUGCGUCGAAGAUGCUAGAAUUUUGAAAUUUGUUAAAACACAUGGAUUCGUAUGGUCAAAGUUGACCGCUUUGCUACCCUCUCGUUCUGAUAACCAAGUUUUGAGCAGAUGCGGAAUCUUGUUGCGAAUAAAAAGAUGUAACACGGACUCCAAAGAAAAAAUGGAGGAAUGCCUUAAAUUAUUGGAGCAAGAAUUGACUCCUUUAUACGACGCAUAUAUGAGGACGCACGAGGAAGAGGCAAAGAACCCUCGAAAAACAUUAGUAACUCAAAACUCCACACUAUCCACCAGGGAUACAAAGCCAGCUGACCAUCCCGACGAAAAUAACAACCAAAAUAUUGAGCCAAAAAAUGAUACCAUUGACGACUUUGAUUUAAAGUGGAAUUUAUUAGGCCCUGAUACUAAUCCAUCUUUAGGAUAUUUGGAUUUUGGAAAAGUGGACGAAGAUGUGUUGGCCCGGAUCAUAAAAAAGUUUAGAUUGAAUAAUAGGGGUCGAUUUAGGACCCGCGUGAUAACCUGCAAAAGGACGAAGAAGCGUAGAAAAUACACUCAUAGAAAAAAAUUGGAGACUGCAAUGAAUCCCGGAGAUUUUAGAUUAGUCCAAUACUUCAAAAAACAGAUAUUUCAAGAUCUCUAUAAUUCGAAUUCGACAAAGAGAUAUUUUAAUGACAAAGUGAAUGCAGAUAACGCAAAUUUAAUGGUGAGGCCUAUGCUCACCGAAAAACAUCAGGAUCAAUUCAAUGAAGAAUACAACGAAAUUUAUGGCGUUAUUCAACAAAUAGUGAAUCGCGAUAUUAAAAUCGUCCCAAAUCCAAGUACUGACAACACUAUUACUAAAUUUUUGGACCACCAUUCUUUCCUUCCACCCUAUAAAGAGAACAUGAUAGCUUGGGCCAACCUUUUAUACUUAAAAUUAUCUCUCGAGACCAAUGCAAGACAUUUAGGCAAUUCUGUAUCCCUUGAGGAAGUUGACGAACCAGGAACUAGUUUGGAAUACAUACAAAAAGAAGUGUCCACUGGUUCUUCCAAUAUUAUCAACAUAGGCGGAAAUGUUCUUACUCCUAUCCUUCUUAAUCCUAUCGAUCACGUGAUGCCUAUGGAUUUAAAUCUUCAAAACCUAAAUGUCAAAGCUAUCCCUUUGAGUUCGGGGUCUCUAAUAAAGGCGGCCUACAAAAUAAAAAUCAAACGUAAGUUCGAUUAUUCACCGUUUAACCCGAAGGAAGGUGGCGGUUCUCGAAUGUUGCCUCCUUGCCUCGAUGCCGAGAGUCGUUUAAUUUUGCCGCAAGCUAUAGUCCCUUACGCUUCUUUCUUGCCAUCCUCCCGGCCUGAAUCCAACCUAACAUCAACUAACGCUAAUUCCUACUUCCGUGCGUCAUCCCUCAAGGAACCCAUACAAAUUUCUGCCAUUUUGAAUGGGCUGGAGCGACAACAACCUUUGUCAGCCUCUACUAUAAAGCCAGCAAUUCAUAUUAAGCCAACGGCUAGUCAAGCAUCCAGGGAUGAAAGGAUUAAGAACGCUCAUCGAAACAAAGUGGAUUACCCUUUGCAGAUUGCUAAGCAAACCAAAGAAUAUGCUGCAUUGAAAUCGUAUCUAAGAUCUAUACUUCUUUAUCCAGCGAUAUUGACACAAGCACCUUUAAAUAAAGAUAAUUGAAAGAAUGUUUAUUUUAUCCUGUCAUUAAAAUUAUUCGCUCAAUAUAAUUAUUAUUAUAUAUAUAUUUUAAAUUUAUAUAUUUAAGCAAUUUGUAUAAUUGAUCUAAUUAUUAUUU